AUUACAUCAGAUUGACACAACUCGGGGCCGCCCCACCAAUGUGAUCUGGUACCGCUGUUUUGGUUCGCCAAGGCUGACUCCACUCUGCUUCAUCUUCUUCUUCUUCUUCUUCUUCUUCUUCUUCUUCAUCUUCUUCUUCUUCCGGCUUUCAUUCCGACAUGUUCGUCGGUUACUACUUCAGGCCACCGCGUUCAUAGGAGACCCAAGUAAUAGAUCCUUCUUACUUUCCCCAAUUUCAGAUCGUUCUUUUUGGCGGCUGGAAAGAAAUUCAGAUCGUUCGUGGAGGUUAUUGGUGAUAGGAUUAGGUGUAUUGGGUUUCUUAAUCUGUUUGCUGAGGACUGCGAGAACUUCUAACUGGUUAUAAGUUCGAGCGCAUAGUAUCGCAAAUAUCGUAUAAAUGGAAUAUUAUGAGUAUAGAUGCUUCACAUGUUCUCACUCUGUUUCAAUAAAUUAAUGGGAGAGGGAAAUAAGUGUUUAUUGAUUGCUGCUUUCAAGGAUCGGAAUUUGUUUCCUGGGUAUUGGGAAGAUAAUCAGAGGCCGCCAGGAUAUUACAUUUUGAGAUUGGUGGUCUUUAUUGAUACAGCUUGUUGAUUCUUUUGUUUUAAAAUUAGAAUAUCAAUUUUUGCUGACAUUGACAAACAAAGUUUCUUUGUAAUACCUUAUUGGAGGAGAUGGAGGAUGAAAAAGCUGGUUAUUCUUCAAAUGUAGAUUUGAUAGAAAGAACACUUGAUGGUUCACAGCGUCGACGCAUAUCGAAUGAUUCACUUAUACCAGGGCUCAAUGAUGAUGCAGCAAUGAAUUGCUUUGCUUACGUUCGAAGGUCAGAUUAUGCUUCUUUAGCAUGUGUUAACUCAAGGUUUAACAAGCAGAUUAGAAGUGGUGCUGUGGCUGAGUUGAGGAAGAAGAUAGGGAUUGUGGAGUAUUGGGUGUAUCUGGUUUGUGAUUUAAAGGAGUGGGAGGUGUUUGAUCCUGAUAGAAAUAAAUGGAUGGCAUUGCCUAAGAUGCCAUGUGAUGAGUGUUUCAACCAUGCUGAUAAGGAGUCCUUAGCAGUAGGCAGCGAGUUGUUGGUUUUCGGUCGGGAGUUUUACGAUUUUGCUAUAUGGAGAUAUGCGUUUUUUUCUCAUUCUUGGGUAAAAUGUCGAGGAAUGAACCAGCCUCGUUGUUUGUUUGGGUCAGGUAGCCUUGGUUCAAUAGCGAUUGUAGCAGGUGGGAGUGAUAAAAAGGGGAAUGUUCUUAAAUCAGCAGAGUUAUAUGACUCGUCAAAGGGUCGGUGGGAAAUGUUGCCCGAUAUGCAUGUCCCUCGUCGGUCGUGUUCUGGGUUCUUUAUGAACGAGAAAUUCUACGUGAUUGGUGGGAUGUCGAGUCCUACAGCAUCACUAACAUGUGGAGAGGAGUAUGAUUUAAAGAAGAGAAAGUGGAGAAAAAUAGAAGGCAUGUAUCCAUACGUGAAUCAAGGUGCUCAGGCUCCUCCUCUAGUUGCAGUUGUGGAGAAUGAACUAUAUGCAGUGGAGCAUUUAACAAACAUGGUUAUGAAGUAUGACAAAAUGGGGAACACAUGGAAUGUGUUGGGGAGACUUCCAGUGAGAGCAGAUUCUUCAAAUGGAUGGGGACUUGCUUUCAAGGCUUGUGGGGAAAAGCUUCUGGUUGUAGGAGGACAGAGAGGGCCAGAAGGUGAAUCUAUUGUGCUAAGUUCUUGGUGUCCAAAGUCAGGAGUCAAUAAUGGGAUUUUGGAUUGGAAGAUAGUAGGAGUGAAGGAACAUGUUGGGGUUUUUGUCUACAACUGUGCAGUUAUGGGCUGUUGAAGAAUCAUUUAUAACUUGAUUUGAUUUGACAGAAGCUAGUUUUUUUUUUUUUGGUUUCUCUUCUACAAAGGGAUCUUCUUCUUAGUGUUGGUUUUUCAUAACUGUAGCUAAUAAUUGUUUACAUAGUUUCACUCUUUUCUGGAUUUGGCUUUUACUCAAUAUAUGGAUUACCUUAUCUCCCUUUUGCUGCCUUCGGAUUUGUCAAGUAAUAGGUAAAAUUACCCCAGCCCCCGUGUAAUUUUUUGUGUCCUAUCUUUCUUGUAGGUAACAUUUUGUGUAAAAGUUAGUUUCCAAUUAUUGUUGUUUCAGAAUUUAGGUAAUCAUUUUACAGACAA